AUGGAGAUAUACGGUGCGCGGGCGCGUGCCAGAGCGAGAGCGCGCGCGUGCCACUGCGCAGGCGCGGCGCGUGCCGCGCUGGAAUACUUAUUUCUUUAUUUUAUUUUGUGUUUUAUAGUCCUUGAUGCAGGCAUCAGACUUCCGAGAGGCAUUUCACAAGAAAAUUUUGUAGACCUCGGAUACUACCAGCAAUGUCUAGCAAUCAGUGAAAACUUUGAGCCAUCAGACAUAGAGGGCAAGUACUGUAUGAUCAAUGUUCCACUGGUUCAAGAUGAGUUAAACUUACCAGUUUUGCCAGAAUGGCCAGAAGGUUCAGAGAGGUCCGGGGACUGGCCCAAGCAUCCGUGGCAACAACUUUUUUCAAUCACAGGACCACAUAGUGACAGGUUCAGAAAUUUACAAAAGCUCUUACUCCACAGGGUAACAGAAGACAGCCCGCUGGCUAAUGAAGUCUUCAGACUGGCAGUAUGUCUUCCUAAAGUUUGCACACCUAGGCAGUUCAUCGACACUGUGUUUAUCAACACCACUAGCGUGGGUUUCAAGCUCACGGAAGAAUAUUGCAGACUGAGAAAUGAUAAACCGUUUGCACCUGUUGAUUAUGCUGCUAUACCUGACCCGGAUCCGGGCUUUUAUCUGGACCUGAACUCGGACCUGGACCCGGACUUGGACCUGGACUUGGACGUAGACCAAGACCUACACCUGUACCUCGACCAGGACCUGGUUCUGGACCCGGAACUGGACCCGAAGGGAGUAUUUAGCUUCAUAAUCCUUAUUACUGUACUUUCGACACUCUACGACAUAUAUUUUACCGCGAUAUGUAAGGAAGGUUCAAAAAAAGCGCAUACUCUUGUAAAAUCGUUCUCUGUCUAUACGAAUACUCGCCGUUUGCUCACAUUCAACUCUGUGCCUGGAACUUUAGAGAGCCUGGAUGGAAUCAGAUCCAUAUCCAUGAUGUGGGUCAUCAUAUUCCACACGUAUAUGACCAACGGGAGUGGACACUUUUUUAAUCGUCAAGAAAUGAUCAAGUGGCUGUAUUCAUUCUCGGCACUUUGGGUCGUGGCGACUCCCAUCUCAGUGGACACCUUCUUCUUGCUAAGCGGAAUGCUGAUUGUGUAUACCACUGUUGGGAAGAUAACUCCAAAGGGUCUCCUAAAAAACAUCCAUAUGUUCUAUCUUCACCGUUUAUUGCGAAUGUUUCCCAUUUUGGCAACCGCCGUGUUCCUCCAAGCGUCGUUAUUCAACCAUCUCUCUGACGGCCCGGAGUGGCGCAUCGUAGUUGAUAAAGUAGAACGAUGUAGGGCAUACUGGUGGGCUACCCUCACUUACGUGCAGAAUUAUUUGGUGGAUAAACCGUGUAUUGGCCCCAGUUGGUACCUCGCUGUUGACAUGCAGCUACAUAUACUCUCACCUCUAAUUUUAUUCUGGAUGCUCGGCAGAAGAAGAUCGGCAUGGAUUGCAUUAACUGUCGUCAUAUUGGCUGUCAUGGUGGUAUCGACAACGUAUAACUAUUUAAACAAGUUCCAAACCGCAUCGUUUGUACCGACGCGAUCGCAAGAAGAUGCCAACCACUACCUACGAUACUAUUAUCAAAACACACUGACCAGAUGCUCGCCUUUCUUCGUUGGCAUGUUGUUUGGCUAUCUUCUUAAUAUGUAUAAAAGCAAACAAGUCCACAUGGCUAGAUGGUUUGUAGCAUUAUGCUGGUUCUGCGCCUUCGUGGUUUCCGCCGGCGUUAUCUACUCCUCAUACCCCGUCCUUCAGAUGGAUUGGGACAGCCCCUUUUGGGACGGCAUCAUCAACUCCUUCGCCAGACCCGGGUGGGCUGUGUGUAUUGGCUGGGUGAUAUUUGCCUGUACACACGGUUAUGGAGGUCCUGUCAACUGGUUCCUGACGCUCCGUAUGUGGAAGCUCCCCUCUCGGCUUUCCUACGCGAUGUACAUCUUCCACUAUUCCUUAAUGGUUAUUGUCAAUACUACUUCUGUGUCGACGAGUCACUUCUCCGUUCAGCGCUAUUUCUACCGAUUCUUAGCUGACUUCGUGACGGCGUUUAUAGUCGCUUUUGUAGCGACAGUGCUGAUAGAUUCUCCUUUCUCUACACUUAUACAUAUGGCGAUAGGAGGAAGUAAGACUGGGAAGGCGACGGUGAAGACAAAGCAGGGAUGUGAAGGCGAAAAUAAACAGUAG